UGUUUAUUACAGUCUCUCUCUCUCUCUCUCUCUCUCUAUCUCUUUCAGACACAAACACAAGGCCUCACAUUGAGUGCUUGAGCUGGGGUUGCCUGCGCACGCUAAGCAUGCCGACGGCACCGACGAGAAGCCGGUACUUGAAGAGAGAUGCGAACAGAGGAGCUUGGACUUCAGAAGAAGACCAAAAGCUAGCUCAAGUUAUAGAAACCCAUGGCCCAAGAAGGUGGAAGCUAGUUGCAGCUAAAGCAGGCCUCGAUAGAUGUGGGAAGAGUUGCAGAUUAAGAUGGCUGAAUUAUCUGAGACCCAAUAUCAAGAGAGGCAAUAUCUCUGACCAAGAAGAGGACUUGAUUCUCAGGCUUCACAAACUCCUAGGAAACAGGUGGUCCUUAAUCGCCGGAAGGCUGCCGGGCCGGACGGAUAACGAGAUCAAGAACUAUUGGAACUCUCGUUUGAGCAAAAAGAUAAAGCAGAAGGAGAACCAAAGCAAAUUCCUCGAGCUGCAUCAAUCUCAGGACCCGAGGAAUAAUGCAGCGGCAGCGCAUAGUGUGGCGGGCAACGAAGGAGGGACCUCAAAGAGAGAGGAAGAGAUGAAAACCGACUUCUCUAGGGAUGAAUUCCUUGAUAGCUUCAAUGAGGGUCCUCUCAACUUGGAGUGGAUGAGCAGAUUCUUGGAAAUGGAUGAGACUUGGUUUUGAUUCGCUUUAAACAGUAGACUUUCUUCUUCACCUGCCGAUUUGUGAUGAGCAAUGAUUGGGAAGUCCAGCUUCUAGAUUCUGCCACCCCAUAAUGGAAUACUACUUUUCAGGCAGGGAAUGAUAGUUUUUGGAGGAAUUCCUGGGGAAAUUGCCGGAAUGGUUUCUCUUUUGCUGAUACACAUUGGCAAAUCUUGCGUUAUGUACUCCAACUUGGUGUUCAACACGUCCAAAGUUGGAUCAUUUCUUAUCUUUUGGUAGAACUUCUUGCUCUAGAAUACGACAUCAUAUCAUAUUGGCAUAUGUUGAUCCUCUGAAGACCCAAAAAGGAUCAAUAAAACGUGCCAAUCGGCACAACCG